UUGCUUCAACGGUUUGUUAGAUCAUCAUCAUAGUCAUCGUCGUCGGCGUUGAGCGCAUCAAUUAUGGUGGAUUUCCGUUUCGACAUUAAACCGCUGUUUCCGCAGCCAAUUAUUAAAGUGACAUCGAAUCUUUUGCCGCACACCUUUCGGGGUGAUCGGCGUCAGUGCUUAGAUGCCACCUCAAAGAUGUCCGAAAUAAUCGAUCAGCUGGGUCAGUUAUCGGCCAUAUCGCAGGGUCUCAGCAAACCGGUGACGACCGCCCAACGCUUGCGAAUGUCCGAGAAUCAGACGAUCUAUUUGCUAGCUGAUCCCGAGGCGGGCAACAAUGGCGUUGUUACGGGACUGUUGAAGGUGGGCACCAAAGAUCUCUAUUUGUUCGAUGAGAAGGGUCAAACACGUAAAAUGGAGAACUCACCAUCGAUUCUCGACUUUUACGUGCACGAGUCUCGUCAACGCGCCGGCCUAGGCAAACGUUUAUUCGAGACCAUGCUGCGGGAGGAGCAAUGGACACCACUCAAGUGCUCGGUGGAUCGACCCUCAGAGAAGCUGUUGGCAUUUCUGGGCAAGCAUUAUGGCCUGGUGCGCACCAUACCGCAGGCGAACAACUUUGUGCUCUACGAGGGCUUCUUCAACGAUGGCAGCACUUCCAAUGGUCGUAAUGGUCACGAUUCGCCGUUGAGUCAAAAAAAUGGUCUGCAUAUAACAAACAGUCCUAACACACAACUCUUUGGUGCUACUUACUUGGGCGAUGAGGCUAACAAACGCUCCAGCGGCGGUCGACGGGACAGUGGCUCCCAGCAGCAAUCGUCGCUGCUGCAGCAAAUAACACAGAUCUCACCAAAUGGACGAUAUGGCGCACCGCGUCCCACUUGCAGCAUGGCCGAGAUAAUUCACGCUGGCAGUGGAAACUCGGGCAAGGGAGGCGGCGGCAGCGGCGCAGAAUCGAGCAGCGGCAACGACAUUGCUGAAAUUGCCGCACAGCUGCAACAUUUGCAGACGAUCGAUCAUUAUAGCGUGCAAGAUUUGCAACCGGAACUGGAAAUUGAACCAGAACCCGAACCGGAGCCAGAACCGGAACCAGAGCCCGAGGAGGUCUACACUCCACCCUCGCCGCCGCCCAAAUCCCACACUCCAACACCGCCCACAGUGCGUUCACCGGAGCGUGCGGAGAGCAUUAUUGGGGACAAUCGUAAGCCGCCGGCAUUCCAGCUGAGCAAACAGCACACGGGCAUGAAGAAUCGAUCCUUUGGCGUCGGCAUGGCAGUGAUGCCCAGCAGCAAGAUGGAGUUCAAUCAGCAGGAGCGCGAAGAUUUCGGUGUGGUCAAGAUCAAUCGCCCGCUGGGCAAUGAUAUCACAUCGCCCGGUCAUGAUAAUACCGAUGCCAUGUCCACAGUAUCGUCUGGCGGAGGCUUAACCGAUCAGGGUUACAAUGAUCUAAAGUUCUAUCACAAUAAGUUGUGGUAGAUCGAUUUGCGUCGAGCAUAAAUUUAUCGUGCUGCAAUAUUUGUGGCAAACUUUUUGUACGUGUCAUUAACAUAACAAUUAAUAUGUAUUAAAAAAAGCAUAUAUCGUAGCAUUUAAGAUAAUUACCCUAGAGACAGACACAACGGUUCCUGCUUUAGUUAAAUAUUUUGGUUGUUAUACGCUUUUGUAAUUUUCGUUGAUUUGUUCAUUUGUUACACUCACGCACUUUACAGCGCAGUUUAAUGUUAGCCAGCAAAUAACAGUAAAGUAACAUUAACUUAACAGUCUGUAGUCCAAUUGAAUUUUCAACUGCCCCUUAAGCAAAAAAUAUGUUAAACAAUUAACAAAUACAGUAAAAAAGUAAACGUAAAAUAUGCGUAUCUUCCAUUGCAGCAAACGCGAUUAUUACGAGCAGAUCUAUAGCGAAUAUAUGCUAUAAGUGGGCCCACAAAAUCUUUUCGAACAAAAACAACAUAAUUAUAUGUACUACUCUAAUCUUGUAACAUUUAGUUAAGUAUCGUCGCAAUAAUACUUAGUCCAAAACAAUAAUAAUAAAGACAACUCUUUCAAUUCUA